UUCUUGCGCGAAGCAUUAGAUAUUGAAAAUUACCGGACGGGGACACUACGGCAGAAUACAGACCUACAUACUUUGAUACUAGGUAAAGAUGAACUCCUGGACACCGGAAUGAUCAACGUCGAUUUCAACUUUGGCAGUGUCCCAUCAUCCGUGGAUUCUGCCGACGAAGAACUUGAAACUUUAAAGAAUUCACCAAGUCACCAAUCCGACAGUGGUAUGAGCAUGGGAAGCGAAAGUCCGGAGUGCAUGGAUUCUGGCAUUGCAAACAAAUCUGGCUUUGAACUAUUUGAUGAUGCUGAACUGAUGGGUUAUCUUUCGUCCACGUCAAGGACACCAAGUCCUGAGACAACUGUAGCAGUUGAAAGUGUUUUGGAUCAGGCUGUGAAGAACAAUUCUCCAUGUACAAUUUUAAAUAAACCUGAAAUGAAGAAUCGGGUGCGCGUCCUCAGAGCUAGAAAUUCAAUUGAAUCGAAUGGACAAACGACAAAACCGCAUGAUGUUGAAGUCAAAUCAAAACCACUACCACUUGUCAAGACAAUAUUGCCUAUGCCAGCACCAAAUGUUAAAGUUAUAAAAGUGGUUUCGUCUAACCAAGAUUUUGACUCUGAUGGUGAAAUCGUUGAAGCUCUGUCAAGAAGAAACAAGAAAAAUGCUGUUCAGGCAAAAAUUAACCGUGAAAAGAAAAAGGCUUUCAUAAAAACCCUGGAGGACACUGUUGAUGAAUUACGUACUGAAAAUGACGAUUUGAAACUGAACCAGACCAGGAUGGAAGAGUGUCAACGAGUAUUGGAAGAUGAGGUACAAUAUUUGAAAAGUGUACUUGCUAAUCAAAGUGCAUUGUCCAGCUUAUUGCAGAACAUUCCAAAUGUUCAGAAUGUAACACUUUCAACAUCUUUCAAUAGAAGGAAACGUGGUGCUAAUCUUGAUCAUGACUAUAUGGAGCACCACGAUACUGCAAAGCGUACAAAGAAGAACACUUCCAGAGCUGGAGUUUGCUUGCAUGUAGACAAUGGACAUGCAUCUCUGGAAUUCUGCUCCCAUUGCUCAAAAAAUGCAAAGUCAAUUGACGAUGCAUGAACAUCAAAGAGAGGCUUCUGAAAUAUCAGAUGUGCUUCCAAUUCGUGUCGCUAAACGACAUGUGAAUACAGCAUGCGGACAGGCAGUUCAUGCCGUAUUCCAGGAUGUGUUGGUGAUUCUGCCAAGAACCGUGCUAAUUCGCUACUGAAGUUGACUGACCAAGCAACGACUUUUCAGGUGGUAUAACAGUAUCAUGAUGUUUACUGUUAUGCUCUGAUAAAACAAGCUGUAAAUGGUUUUUAAAGAAAUAACAUUUGCAAUUAUUUUUUUAUUAAAAGUAUGUAAUAAUUAUUUUCAAAAAGCCACACCACAUUGUAAAGCCUGAACCAGUUUGAUAAUAAUAGAGAUAUUCAUUGAAAUGUAUACUUUAGACAUAUUAUCAAACAAAGUGCUACAAAAGUCGAUACCUUUUUUCCAACUCCAGUGUGAAUUCUUUAUUUCUUCAAAUUGGUUCCUGCUACAUUUACGCAUAAUCAUUGAUGUUUUUUUAAGAAACCAGUACUGAUGAAUAUUUCUAGUUCUCUUUCACAGGUCCUGAUCUUGAGUUGAGCGAUGAUUGCUGUGUGGAGAAGCCCUGGGACCCUGUCCAUUGCACUCUUGGACUUGCCUUAUUUGCUAACCUGUGGCCUGCAGUGCUCAAACAAGAAUGAACAAAGUGUAAAAGGAAUAUGGUAGUAUUGAAAAAGGUGGUAGGUCAUUAAAGUCCAAGGAAUAUGGUAGUAUUGAGAAAUGUGGUAGGUCAAAGGUUGAUAAAGUUUAAAGAAGGAAGAAUAGUGCUUUGUUUAGUGUACAAACAUAAAAAAAAAUCUCCAGUCGGGUUGACACAAAAAACAUUAUUGACCAAGAUUUUGAAUCAAAUAGUUUUCAUUUUCACUUGAUCAUACAUGUAUAGUAUUUUGUUAACCAUAAGCUUGUAAAUAUUGUUUGUACUGCAUUUAAAUCCUUUUCUUUUUCAUGGAACUGAUGGUUUGAAUGUAGAUUAAUCACCGUUAUUAAUCAUCAUCUGUUGAUUUGAAUAAAACAUUGUGACUGUUAAGUAUUAUUUUUUGUUAUAACUUUGUGGUUGCUUUGCAGAAAUAUGUUUCAGGUUUCUUAUGUGGACAAGCAGACUGACCUUGGAAGUUCAUGUGAAAGGUGGUGUUGUUGAUAUCGAACUUAGUAGUUUCUUAGUGGUUUGGUAGGUAGCUAGGUAGGUUCUGAAAAAGCAGAAGAUAUCGAGAUUUAAUUUUUGCAAUUUUUUUUAAUCAUUUGAGGAGGUUAAACUAUACUUCAUUUACAGAUUCCCAAAUUUCUAUUUUGACGAAGUUAGUUGAUUAAUAGAUAUUUCAAACAAAAUGUAAGAAUUAAAUCUUGUCAGUAGCUUGAAGAACAAUCGGAAAUCGUCGUCACUCUAUAUAGAGACAGCUGGCCUGGAACACACCACAUUAUAAAUAAAAUUGAAUACUUUUCUGUCAAUCCUUUGAAAUUGAUAAGGAUUGAGCCAGAUAAUGAAUUGGUCUAUUGAUAUGUGGAUGGAUAGCCAAAGUGUACGCGGUCUGCAACAUAACUUAAUUACUUGCAGGUAGGUUUAUAUCUAAACAUGUACAUCAUUUAAGUGGAUGUCAUUUGCCAUUCAGAAAAAAAAGAUGCAGUACAUGUACAAUAAACAUGUAGAACAC